UGCAGCGCUACUGAGCUCCACUAAGAGAUGUGUAUAGUAGGAGGAUCCCCAUCGAACAUGGCUGUCCUGUUGGCCACCCUCCUUUUAUCGUCCAUCUUGUACUCGGCGUCCGCAUCUGGCGCUCUACCAACAGGAGCUAUUGCUGGCACAGGACACACCGUGGGCUUUGGCGAACUUCAGGAGGAAUGGCGUGGUGAGAUAGUCCACCUCUCGUGGUCGCCGCGGGCCUUCCUGUUGAAGGGCUUCCUUAGCGAUGAGGAAUGCGAGCAUAUUAUUAGCAAGGCCGAGCCACGCAUGGUGAAGUCGUCUGUGGCGGAUAACCUGACGGGGAAGAGUGUGGCUAGCGAAGUCCGCACUAGCACUGGAAUGUGGUUUCGUAAGGCAGAGGACGACGUCAUUGCGCGCAUUGAAAAGCGCGUGGCGCAGGUCACCAUGAUUCCCCAGGAGAACCAUGAGGGCCUGCAGGUGCUGCACUACCGGGACGGGCAGAAAUAUGGGGCUCAUUUCGACUACUUCCAUGACUCCAUGAACGCAAACCCGGAGCAUGGCGGGCAGCGGGUGGUCACUGUCCUGAUGUACCUGUCCUCGGUCGAGGAGGGUGGCGAGACUGUGUUCCCAGACGCUGACCGCAAGGUUAGCGGUGAGGGCUGGUCGGAGUGCGCCAAGCAGGGCCUGGCUGUCAAGCCUGUCCGCGGAGACGCGGUCAUGUUCUACUCGUUGAAGCCGGACGGCAGCAACGACCCUGCCAGCCUGCACGGCAGCUGCCCGACCCUGCGGGGCGACAAGUGGAGUGCAACCAAAUGGAUUCACGUGGGACCCAUUGGUGGCAAGAAGUCCGUAAACCUCGGGACGCCGGAGUGCCAUGACACCAAUGAGCAGUGCUCAGAAUGGGCGUUCUUUGGAGAGUGCCAGAAGAACCCAGGCUUCAUGAAGGACAGCUGCAAGCGCUCGUGCAAGUUGUGCUAGUACGGAAUGACAAAUGGAUAUAGCGUGCAUGGGAGCUGUGCAAUCGAAUUACGUCAUUGCCCGUUAAGGGGACGUAAGAAUUUGUAACUGUGAGCGGUCAUGGGCUGUGCACGAAGUCUGUUCUACCACAUUUGCAACAGUACAAAUAGUCCAGUCCGAAGUGUCUGUCUGCCAUAUCCCGGCGUAUGAUCGACGCACAUUCGUUGAACGGGCAAUUACACCGUGUCCUUUCACCUGGUUCCUGUAGACUCUACUCAGACCUUCCAUCUGCUCUGAUAACAACAAAAUACCUGCAUGCCCCUUGCUAUGCAGCCUAAUGUAGGCAUUCCGAGUCCUCCACUUGACAUGCACGACGACGUUGACGCAGCCUUAGACAUGCACUCAAAUGAAC